AUGGUUGCUGGGGGCAAGCCGGUGGAAGGAAGGGCUCGACCACCCCCUUACAGAUGGCAUGAGCAUUUCGGCUUUCGUGAUGGGAUCUCCCAGCCUUGUCUACAGCAAGUCUUUCCCGGAAAUGGCGUUUGUACCGCAGGACUUCAAUAUUCCGUCAGGGGUCUUGUUAUUCCUCGCGCUGGUCAGGUUCAAGUUGAUCCUGGAGUGAUUAUUAUGGGUUACCCAGGCGAUCCUGUGCGGGAUGAUCCGACUACCAAAGUGAAACGUCCGGCCUGGACCGAGGACAGGUCGAUUUUGGUGUUCAGGAAGCUCGAACAAUCUGCUAUCUCUCUUUGGAGGAUUGUGUGCAGAGGAAUGGACCUUGUUGGCGCGAAUUUAUUCCCGGAGGUGGUAUAUCUCCUCCGCUCAGCAAACAAGAGGCUGAAAAUCUCUUCGGGCCACUGGUUAUUGGGGGGCGCACCCAUUGCCAAAUGCCCCUUCCGCGACAAUCAAAAAAUGGCGCUUGACCCAAACCUCAACAAUGACUUUGAUGACUUAAUCGCGCCACGUAAUUUGUAUCCUCACAUCGACGCUAAAUUCCUCGGAUCUGGUUCGAUCGUACGUGCAGGCCUUCCGUAUGGCGACGAGGUUACUGAUCAAGAACGACGCGAUGUAGCAGGCCGAAAGCAUGAGUUGCCUCACGGGCUUCUGUUCAAUUGCUAUAUGACCAGCUUGGCCCAAGGAUUCGUUCGUGGUAUGAUUGGAUACGCGCGAAAUGAUUACUGGCCUGUGACAUCUCUGGUGCCACAGAAGAAGGGUCAGGACCCUGUAAUUGGUAGCCCGCUUGUGUAUACACCUGCUCAGCUCGAAGGCACAUCUCCCUUAGUAAAUUCCAGGAAUAAAGUCGACCUACAACUCACCGGUGCGGAUGGUACAACGUUCGAGAUGUGCGGAUUCGCUAAGGUUACCCCUAAGGGUGUGAUUCCACCACCCGGUGAACCGAACCACUACUUCAUUUCUGGGAGGAGAGGAGAAUCCUUUUUUGUUCCUUCUGUCUCGACCUUAAAAAGUUGGGCUAGCGCAACCACUACUGCGACGUAUAAGCUAGACAUUGUUUUCCUCCUCGAUGCGACGGGUAGUAUGCAAGUCUAUAUCGAACAAGUACAAACACCAUCCUGUCGCUGUGGCGAUUUAAGAUUUGGACUUAUGGCAUUCCGCGACCACCCCACGCAAGAUUCCACGUACAUCACCUGCCAACACCCUUUCGUCUCUGACGUUUUUGUUAUCAAGGCAGAUCUGGCAAAUCUGCAAGCAGACGGCGGUGGUUACGGACCCGAAGCUCAGUGUGAUGUGUUCGCUUGUGUCCUGAAUGCGGGAUGGAAGGACGAAGCCACCGAGGUCGCUAUACCUAUCACAGACCAUGUUGGUUUAUUCCAUCCAAAUCACCCUCUCAAUCUCGCCAAUAGCCAGUCUUUGCACUUGCUUACUCUUGCCAAGCAGAGGCUCUGCUCGCAGCUCCGGAUCUCACCCAAAUCAUACCCUGUCAUCAAGGUGACCAUCAUCCUGGAUCUCGUCAAGAUUGAUGUGAACAAGAUGAAUCGAGUAUGGGACUUCUCGGUGCACAUUAGUUUCCUCAAAAUCACACCUGACCCGCCGCAUGCCGUUGCUCAGGAUACCUUCGAUGACGUUCCUCAUUGGCUCGACAAUCGCUCGCGUGGAAAGUGA